GUUGGCCAAAAAGGCGGCCAAGUGCCCCAAGGAACAUUCAGUCAAGCCGCGAACGUUGUGAGCUCCAGACGUCUGUGUCUCUCGUUGCUCUUCAAACACUUGGAGCCGCAUGCCCCAAAAUUGAAUAUAUUUACCACUAAAGUGAAGUGCUGUCCGAAAGUUCUCAGACAAACAUAAUCCAUAGAGAAAGAGUCUUGGAAGAUCAUCCGUGAUCUGUCUAACGCGUGUGUGUCUAUCGCUUUGCGAGUGUAUUCCGAGUUGAAUGUCUCUGGGCGCCGAUCGUUCGUACAAAAUGAAGCUGCGCGAUGUGGAAAAUGCCUUCAAAUAUCGCCGUAUACCGUAUCCCAAGCGAUCCGUGGAGCUGAUUGCCCUGCUAGCCAUAUCGUGCACCUUCUUCCUAUUCAUGCACACCAACAAGCUGAACAGCCGUCUCAAGGAGAUGGAGGUGAAGCUGCAGCCCUCCGAGUUCUCCGCCCUCGGCCUGACCGGCAAUCACGUCAGCGGUCACGAUGCGGGCAAACACGAUGAUAUCAACACGCUGCAUGGCACCUAUCAAUAUCUGAAAAGCACUGGCCAGCUGUGGCGCUUGAAUCCAAAGUUCCUGAACAACACCAAAUACCAUACCCGGGAUAUACUGUUCUUCAAUCGUGUGCCCAAGACGGGCAGUGAGACGCUCAUUGAGCUGAUGCUCCGCCUGGGCGAGCGAAAUCACUUCCAGAACGCUCGCUCGCCCUUCUCCAAGCCCACCGGAGUCUAUUGGUCGUUUGAGAAACAAAAGGUGGAGGCCCAUCGCAUACUGGAUCUGAUGGAGGAGGAUGCUUUUGCCUAUGCCGAGCAUGCCAAUUAUGUGAACUUUCGACAGUUUCAAUUACCCCAACCCAUCUACAUCAAUUUGAUUCGGGAUCCCGUGGAGCGGGUUAUUAGCUGGUACUACUACAAGCGUACGCCCUGGAACUCCCUGCAAAUGUUUAAAAUUACUGGAAAAUUCGAAAAUCGCACUCACUAUCAGAAAAACUUUGAGGAUUGUGUGCUGACACAUGACUUUGAGUGUCGCUAUGAUUUUGGGCUGAACUUUAAAGAGGAUUCCGCUGAUCAUAAGCGACAGAGUUUGUUCUUCUGCGGUCAUGCACCCCUAUGCGAACCCUUCAAUACGCCCGCGGCUGUGGCACGGGCCAAGCAGAAUGUGGAGCGUGACUUUUCGGUGGUUGGCUCCUGGGAGGAUGUGAAUGUUACCCUGGCCGUGCUCGAGCAUUUUAUACCACGUUUCUUUCGCGGCAGCACCGAGCUGUAUUAUGGUAAAAACUUACUUGAAGAUACCGUGCAGCUUGUUUCACAAAUUUUUUCUGCAGAGCCCGUCAAAGGUCUGGCCUUUAGGAAGCGAAAUACGAACCACUGGAAACCCAAGAUCAGCGAAAGGAUCAAGCGAAUAAUGCGUACAAAUUUCACACAGGAAUACGAAUUCUAUUACUUUUGCAAGCAGCGCUUGUAUCGGCAAUAUUUCUCAAUAAAUAGACACUUGCAAUUGUGAUUAUCACAAGAAGUUCGAUUCAUUAUUCAGUAGGAUACAAAUACGUAGUUCGGACAGCGGUCUUUCAGCUCCACUAACUUUACUCAUCCCAAAAAAGUAUCUGUAAUUGUCUGGUUUGUUGGUUU